CAUGCGUCGUUCACGGCUCUCGUUACUUACUUGGCAAUACAGAGCAACCUUUCAGGGGAGUCGCACGUGUACUUUCAUUUAAAAACUUAUUUUUAAUUUAGUAUAAGUUUGUUAAUCAAAAUGAAAAUUUUAAUUCUUUUCGGUUUCGCUGUUUGCUUUGUUGCCGGCCAGGACUUCGACUGUCCAGAGAAGAGUGGCUUCUACGCUGAUCCCUACCAGUGUGACCUUUAUUAUAAAUGUACCAAAGGGAAGGCGGAAGCGAGGUUGUGCCCCGAUGGUCUGGUAUUCGCUGAUGAAAACCCAAACAAAGAAUUGUGUGACAUCCCCUCCAAUGUAGAUUGCGGUGACAGAAAGGAAUUGCAGGAGCCAAAGCCCUCCAAAGGAUGUCCGCGCCAAAACGGCUAUUUCAAACACCCCGACCCGCAAGCCUGCGACAAAUUCUACUUCUGCUCCGACGGUAUUCCCAACGAACACCCAUGCCCACCUGGUCUUUUCUUCGACGAGGAGACUUCCAACUGUGACUGGAAAGACGUUGUACAGAGACAAUGCGACAAAGUCACUAAAGGUAAAACAUGCCCCGACGGUGAAGUGCAAGGCCCCAACGGCCGCGCUCUCCCCCACCCCACCUUCCCCCACCCAGAGGACUGCCAGAAAUUCUACAUCUGUCGUAAUGGAGUGCAGCCACAGAAAGGCAGCUGCCCUUCAGGCAAAGUAUACAAUGAGGAUACGUUCAUGUGCGACGACGCGGAGAAAGUGCCUGGAUGUGAAAACUACUAUGAAGGCCAGCCAUUAGAAAAGAACAAACUGCCGAAGAAAGCGUAAUUCGUAGUCGUUAAGAACGUCCUAUUAAGUAUAUUUAGAAUUUAAAUUAAAUAAAUAAUAACAA